UGAUGAACCUGUAAUUUGAUUGUUACCGUUCAUUUUGUCUAAUUAUCAUCCUAUUCUCGUUGGGUUGGCCUGUCAGAUCUACAGACACCUUAGACUCAACAUGGAAUAUGGCAAUUCCGAAUACGCCUGACAGACAACCCACUGAGGCCAAAAUUACUGUGCCUUUGGCCUUUGCCCUUUUGGCACCCAGACAACCGGAAUUUCUCCAGCUCCAGUACAGAAUAAAAUCAGCAUGUUAUCACUUCAGAAGGCAGGAGAUUGAAUGUUAAACACCGGCUUCUUAUCCUGCUGAACUCUGGUAGCAGUACACCUUGUCACAUCCUUAACCCCUGAAAAAGUGUUGAUGUGACAAUUUAACAAACGUUAAUCUUUUUAUAAAACGUUGUGACAUCAUAAAAUAAAGGCAGAUGGCACCGAAAAAGAAAACGAUAAGAAAUGGAUUUUACUACUUCAUGUUAGACGUCCAGGCUGACGAAGAGAGGAAAGGACGAACGUUUGCCAAUAAGAAAGAAGUGGCUGACUAUGCUGGUCCUUUGUGGGAGGCACUGGCUCCUGACCAAAAAGCUGAAUACAACCAGAAGGCUAAAGGUGUCAAGAAUUCCACCAAAGAAAUAACUAAUAAGUUCACGUCCUUGGGCAUCAGUUUUGCAGCACAAAUGGCUGAAGAGAGGGAAGCAGAUGAAAAAUAUCAAAUAAUGAAGCAAACUAUAAGAAAUACUGUGAAAAGUCUCAAUAGCUCUUCUAUAAAAACAUUCCCGUUCUAUUUCUGCCACGUCAAUUUCACUUACAAAACCGAUGAUUUCUACGCCCCGGCUGAAAUUGCAGUUGUGGAAUUCACGCUUGGAGACGGGCUGUUAAAUAAAUUUCAUUGUUUUAUUAAUCCUGGAAAAGUUCCUAUGGGUCUGAGAUUCGAAGCUCUCGACUGGUCGGAGAAAACGCAUUCGAUUCCUCUUAACUGGAGUGAAGGAGAAACUGACCAUUUCCUAAUAUUUAACAAACUGAUUAAUUUUCUAACACGAAAUCAUACUGCUGACUCUGUUCCACCAAUUUAUACAAUGCCCGAUUCCCUUAAUUCCAACACAUCUUUAAACGCUGUCAAAAGCGCCAUGUCUUUGCUUUGUGCAGCGGGACAAAAUGAUCCUGAACUUUUGCGCGUCUACUCUUUGCCACAGUUGUUUUUCGAGCUUAGAAACAAAGUCGUGGAGAAUACGUCAGAGGCGCCUAUGCCGAGCCUGGCAAUUGUAGAAAACGAAAUUGAAAAAGAUGUUUUCGGUGGUCUUAAAAAUUUAGCUUGUAAGUUUCAUGAAGAGAAAGACUUGGCAAUGAUGUGCUCGUUAUCAAUAGUGACACGUUGGGUAUAUACACUUUGUGAUCACUGCUGCAAAUUUAUUGGAGUCGAGUUGGAAGUCGGGAAACAUGUAGCCAAUGAAGUUGAUACUACUUGGUCAAUUCAGAAUUCUAGACAUAGCAAGACACCAAAGCCUAAAGAGGAAUAUGAAGCAGAAGAACCAGAUGAAGAAAGCAACAAAGCAAAGAAUAUAUCAUUUAUGCCGACUAUUAUUGACCACAGUCAACUUAAAGCAAAACGAGAACAAGAGAGAAUCGAACAAGAAGAGCUGAACGCUAUUAAUGAAGAAAUUAGACCACCAACCUCCUUGACUGUGUUCAACAUUCCAAACACUUCUGAUGGAUUCAUUUCAGAUCCUAAUGAUUUUCCAGAAAUAGGUGGUACGAGAAUGGUCGGAGUCCAACGAGACACUCCUGUGUGGCCAGUAUCAGGGCGUGGAUGGGGGAAGAGAAAUAUUAAGUAUAAUUAGUCAAUUUCUUUUUAAUCAAUUACAUUUAAUGUCACUUCAUAUAACAAGUUAUUCCUUAUACAUACUACAUUUGUAUAUUAUUUUAGCACUUUUUUUUAAACAUUUUAUGUUUUAAACGAAUUCAAUGAUUGAUCAUUUUGAAGAAAUUUAUUUUGUAACAAUGACCUUUACACAAAGUUAAUAUAACAUAUUACAUUUGAUGUAAUUACAUAGAAAAAAAUAAUAUGAAUUU